UCUCUCUCUCUCUCCUUAAUUCUCACUCUCAUCACAAGAUGAACAACAUUGCAGCAUUGCUCCUACUCACCCUCUUUCUCACAUCCUCCAUUGUUGACGCCGCAAUUGCAGAUUCAAGCAACUGCGAUGAGAAGUGUGGGGUGCGGUGCGCACAGGCAUUCCUCAAAGACCGGUGCUUGAAUUACUGUGGAAUCUGCUGCACGGAGUGCAAAUGCGUGCCCUCUGGAACCUACGGGAACCAGGACGAGUGCCCUUGCUAUAGAGACAAGACCAACUCCAAGGGCAAACUUAAAUGCCCUUGAACAAAUAUUUUUGUAUUCACAAUAUAUAUCAUUUCAUCGUUGUUGUUUUUAUUAUGAUUAUGCAUGAUUUUAUGAAAUAAUUUGAGUUGUGCGAA